GAACGAACGAACAGAUGCUUAGAGGGUAGGUAAGGUUUCGAGUUACAGUUUAGUUCCGGUAACUUCACGCGGAGUGAGGCCAGAUCAGCCGAACCCUUAAGUUGUUGGUAAUGAGGCUUAUAGAUAGUUGUCCCCGCCUUUAAUAUCUGUUUGUCCUGGUCCGCUUUUUCUCCUCAGUUGGAAGUCUAGAUUCGAGUUCCCCGAUUCUAGUGUCUUUCGACUCUACACCCUCUCGGUAGCACCUAUUUCUUUGGGCGAGACUCCUGAUAUUUGAUAAUUGAUCUCACAUUGUCAAUCCCCUUGACUGCUGCUCGUCAGCGACGUUGUCGUCUGUCGCUAUGGCUUCGGCAGAUUCUUCAAGCCGGAUUACCUCUGGUAUCUCUGGACUGUCACUCAAACCAACGGCACUCGCGGGUAACAAAGGGGACAAGGCCCGUACUACCAAGAAGGCUGCGCCGGUUGCCGAUAGCUGGGAGGACGAGGACGAGGACGACCAAGCGACAUCUGACUCAGAUACCGAGCCAGACACGGGCCGCGGUCGUGGUACUGAUAAUGGGAACGCCGGAACCCAAGCCCCGCCUCCAACUCCCAUGUCGCCCACCUACAAUAUUUCCGGCAUCCGUUCUAUCUCCCCUGCUGGAGUCACCUCUCCGACCUACCUUCCGGGCAUCGACGAAGAUAGUGCCUCCAGUUCCGGGUCUCCCAAGCGGCCCGAGAAGACGGAUGCCGUGGCUCGCCGUAUGAUUGCCGGUGCGCUGGGCAUGAAGGUACCGAAGCUGAGCGAGGAGCAGCGGGCGUACGACAAAGCCGUGCGUGAAAAAGAGCGCAAGCGCCGGGAGGAGGAGCAGGAGAAGGAGAGACGGAGGCAAAUCGAGGCUGAGAAGGCGAAGCAGUCCGCUUGGGAGGACUGAUUGGCUCAUCGCCUUGUAUAAGGGCCGGUGACUUCCUCCAGCUAUAUGGCGCGCAUAGAACGUGUUUGGCCGAUCUUUUUCUGGGACGACACUGCCAUCCUAUGACGCCGCUCCCAGAAAGGAUACUGGAAUGGACGAAAGGAGAACUGCCGGGCGUCGCUCUUUUUUGGUUUUUGGAAUUAAGGAUCUUUUCGGGGGGGUCUUUUUUUGGCUCUUC